GGCUUGAAAUCUGUUACGGCACAGAACGGCGUUUGUUUCUUAUCUUCCAGAGAAGGAAGUGAACGAACUGAUGGAGGAGCUUUUUGAGACGUUUCAGGACGAGAUGGGCUUCUCCAACGUGGAAGACGAGGGGCCGGAGGACGAGGAUGGCAACGCCGAAGCCCGGCCGAAUUUUAACACUCCGCAGGUGCUCAGGUUCGAGGAGCCCCUGGCCAACUUGCUGAACGAACAGCACCGGACGGUGAAGGAGCAGCUGGAGCAGCUGCGCAUGAAGAAGUCGGCCCCGAAGCUGCCCCUGGAGUCGGAGCGCGCCAAGCUGCGCCACGAGAGGCCUGUCCAGACCCUGACGUUGGACACCGGGCAGAAGAAGAGGCUGAUGCAGCAAAUGCAGCAGCACGUGCAGCUCCUGACGCAGGUCCACCUCCUCAGCAGCGCCAACCCCAGCUUGAGCUCGGAGGCCGGCACCGCGCGCCUCUUUCUGACGGAGCUGGACAGCUUCGCUCAGAGUUCCCUGCUUCUCUGCCAGCCCCACGGCCCGGAUUUCCGGACGGCCUUCCAGCCCUGUAAUCUGAAGGAAGCGCUCCGGCUCAUCCAGGACUUCCACGCCAACAUCAAGAUCGAAGGGAGCCCCCGCAAGGCCGUCAAGAAGAACGGGAGCGACUUUGCCUGCUUGCCGAAGCAGCUCGCCUGGAUCUUUGCCACCAGGAGGGUCUUCAUGUACCCGGAGCUGCUGCCCACCUGCUCCUUGAAGGCCAAGACGCCCCGAGACAAGAUUGUCUUCACAAAAGGAGAAGACAACCUCUUGGCCCUCGGCCUCAAGCACUUCGAAGGGACGGAGUUUCCGAAGCCGCUCAUCAGCAAGUACCUCCUGACCACCAAGACGGCGCAUCAGCUGACGGUGCGGAUCAAGAACCUCAACAUGAACAGGGUCCCCGACAACAUUCUCAAAUACUAUAAGAUGACCAAGCAGGUUCCUGCCCUACCCAGGCUGUGCGAGGAACUCCAGCCGGGCGACUGGACACCCCCGAUCGAACGAGAGGAACAUCGCCUGCCUUUCUGGCUGAAGGCCAGCCGCCCCUUCAUCCAAGAGGUGCUGGAGCCACGGCCCCGGGAGGCAUCGCACAGCACUGGCAACCUCGGCGAGGCCGGGGUGGAAUUGGCCGAUCCAAGGCCGGAGGAGAAGUACCCCUUGCGCGCCCCGGAGGGCUUGCAGUGGAUCCUGAGGCCUCUGAACAGCCGCUUCUGCCGGAAGGCCUGGAGGCGCCCCCGGCCAGCCGCCACCAAGCCCCUCCCGGUCCGCCCGGGCCUUUGCUUGCCUUCGGCCGCCGCCGGUGGUAGCAGCAACAUCCUGAAAAUGGCCACCAAACACCCGCAGCCGGAAGCCCUUCCCAGCAAAGCCGGGGGGCGGGUCCCCCGCUUGAUUCAGCCUGCGCCGCUCAUCCAGCCCCUUCCGGGUGUCCAGCAUCUGAGCCUCCAGCCGGCGGUGGGCCCCCAGGCCAGCUUUGAGCUCCGGGGGGUCUUCCCCACUCAGCAGCCUGAUCCGCGAGGGGGCUUGGCUGCCCCCGCCCCACCCAACGUGGUCCCUCCACUGCCGGUGGCUUUUCAGCCUAAAAUGAUCCUCCCAGCCCUCCCCGCCUCGAGGGUCCGGAAACCCGGGCCUCCCCGGGGAUACCAAAAGAAAAGGAGCCCUCGGCCGGCCCCCUUGCUCAAGGCCGCCCCUUUGCUCCACCCGGCUCCCGUCAUCUUUACCGUACCGGCCGGCGCCGUGAAAGUGGUCAGCAUCGGCAACAGCUGCAACGUGUUGCAACCCUUAGCGGCCAGCUCGGCCGCGGGGGUUGCUGCCCAGCCCAUCCCCAUCACCACCUUGCUGGUCAACCCGGCCUCUUUCCCAUUGGCGGUUCCCCCAGCCCCGUCCGUUGUGGUCACCUCCAGUUCGGCCGGCCCCCUCGCUUCCCCUGCCAUCCAAGAUCCUGAGGUUGCUGGCCGGCCAGCUGGCGGGACGGCUUCCGGCGACAGCGUGGCGUGUCCCGUCAAGGCGGAAACCGAGAUGGCGCCACAAGAGCCCCCCUCCUGCUCCAUGACCCCCGCCGAGGAAGAGGACCCCGGCCCUGGGGCCCCCGAUCCUGGCCGAGGACUCCCAGUGGCGAACCCGCUUCCGGCUUGCGCAGACGGAUCUCCCGCGGACCCUUUCUCCCCAUCGCCAGAAACGGGAGAGCUGGUGAAUCCCAAAGAGGAAUCGAGCAACCCCCCAUGGGAAGAUAUUGUCGGCCCCGAGGACCCGCUCUCUGGGGCUCCCCCUUUAAAAGAGGAGCUGGUGUUAGACCUCGGGCAAGAGCUGAGCGUGGACCCGCCCCCCUUGUACGUGAGCGAGCCGAAGGAAGCCCCAAGCAAGCCGAGCCCCCGCAAGAAGGAGGAGCCCGGCCAGAGGGGGCCUGGACAGUGUCCGCUCGGGGGGCCCACCACCGCCAAAGAAACCAGCCAUUCCGCCGAGGGGGUCUGUGGCCCUGUGCCCGGGGGACUCGAGACCAGCGGGUCCCAGGCGAAGCCGGAGGAUUCGUCCGGCCCAGGGGGCGGUGACAUGGGACCACCGGCCAGCCACGAGGCGACCGGAGAGAAGGAAGGGCCCGAAGAAGAAGAGGAGGAAGACUUUGAGGAUGACCUUCAGGACGAGGAAGACGAGGAAAUGUCGUCAGCUUCGGAGGAAUCGGUGCUUUCGGUGCCGGAACUACAGGAGACGAUGGAGAAGCUGACGUGGCUCGCCUCCGAGAGGCGGCUGAGCCAGGAGGGGGACUCCGAGGAGGAGAACUCCCCGGAGGAGAAUUCCGAGCCCGAGGAGGAGGAAGAGGAGGAGGAGGAAGGGGAGAACCCGGAGAUCUCGCAGAAGGAGGACGAAAUGGCCGACGAGGCGGCGGGUCCCGGAGAUGGGCCUGCGCCGUGUCUCAGCUUGACGUCCGCCGUCCCCGAGGUGGAGCCCCGGAGCACCCCGCCGGGUGAGUUUGUGGCAGCCCCCGGGAAAAGCCGGAGCUCUCACAAAGCCCGGGCCAAGAGGGGCCGAGGCCGGGCCAGCAAAGACACGUCAAAGCUGCUCCUUCUCUACGAUGAGGACAUUCUGGAAAGGGACCCUUUGCGGGAACAGAAAGACCUGGCCUUUGCCCAGGCUUACCUGAGCCAGGUCCGCGAGGCCUUGCGGCACCAGCCAGGGAAGUAUGAGGCAUUCCUCCGGGUCAUUUACGAGUUCGAGAACAAUGCCCAGAAGCAGACGGCGGUCGACCUCUACGCCCAGCUGCGCGACGUGCUGCAGGAGUGGCCGCAGCUGCUGACGGACUUUGCGGCGUUCCUCCUCCCCGAACAAGCUCUGGAGUGUGGCCUGUUUGAGGAGCAGCAGGCGUUCGAGAAGAGCCGGAAGUUCCUCCGCCAGCUGGAGAUCUGCUUCGCCGAAAACCCUUCCCACCAUCAGAAGAUCAUCAAGGUGUUGCAGAGCUGUACCGAGAGCCUGCCCCAGGAGAUCAUGGAGCUCAAAACCCAGAUGUGGCAGCUGCUGAAGGGUCACGACCACCUGCAGGACGAGUUCUCCGUCUUCUUUGACCACCUGCGCCCGUCGGCCAGCCGCUUGGGGGACUUCGAGGAGAUCAACUGGACGGAGGAGAAAGACUAUGAGUUUGACGGAUUUGAAGAAGUCUGCCUGCCGGACGUGGAGGAAGAAGAGGAGCCCCCUAAAAUCCAUGCUCCCUCGAAAAACAAGAGGAGGAAGGAGAUGGGAGGUCAGAACGGCGAGAAGGAGCCCGAAUGGGCCGAGGGGGCCAAGGAGUGCCCCUCCUGCCACGAGGGGAGCGGCGACCUCCGGAUGAAGAGGAGCAAGCGGAGGAGCUGCGGCCACUGCGGGCAUAAGGCAGGAGAAGGCAAGGCCUUUCGCGGUAAAGACCCGCCGGAGCUCCCCGAGACCCUCGCCGAAGGGAAGGCGCCUGCAGAGGAAGGCGCGGAGCCGAGAGAAGACGGCGAAGCCCCCCCGGGCAGGAUGAGUGCAGCCGCCCGGAGAACAGAAUCGGCCGGAGCAGGUUCUCCCGGGGAAGGAAAGCCACCUCCGUGCAGAGACGGGCCUUCGGAAGGGGCCGCCCCGCCCGGGGGCAAGACCCCGGAGGGGUGCUCCGUCCCGGGACUUCUCUGCCCCAAGAAGGCUGGUGACACUGCCAAGCCCUGCCCUGCCAACAGCGCCACCUCUUCGGCCCCACAGAGCCAGAGGGGGACUCUGCGAAAGCUACCUCAACUGAAAAGCGGCUUUUGCCCUGUAGAAGGGGGAAAUUAUGCCGGACACGGCCUACGGGACGAGGACCUCUCCUCCGGCCUCGGGAAAGACGUUUCAGAGCCCGAGAAAGCGAGGACUUUGGGCUCCGGCUCUCCUGCAGCUGAGAAGUGCCCGCAAACGCUGGUCCUUCGGCCCGGCCUCCCGGAGGAACCCCGGGCUCCCUCCGACCCAGAUCUCCAGGACAAAGGAGCCGACAGCCUGACUACCUCUACGAAUGUCAAACCCAAAGGAAGGGAGACGUGGGGUUCACCAUCCAAAGCCCCUCUGGCGGGUACAAAUGGUGGCCGGCGAGCGGAGGCAGAAGCUUUCGGUGCCGGCCGACGCCCCCCGCCGGCGGCUGAUCCGAAAGCAACGGAGGGCUCGUCUCCGAGCGAGCGUUUCCAGGGGCCAAAGCUGCCGCUGGUGGCAGGAGGCCGGGAAUGUGCGGUCUCCUUUCGGGGAGAGGACGUGGCCCCGAGGGUGGCUGAGGCCACCGUGUGUGCCAAGAACAUCAAGGUCAGCUCCACAGGGGAGAAGGUCGUCCUGUGGACCAGGGAGGCCGACCGGGUCAUCCUGACCGCCUGCCAGGAGCAAGGGGCCAGCCCCGACACCUUCAGAGCCAUCUCGCAGCAGCUCCAGAACAAAACGGCAGAGGAAGUCGCCCACCGGUUCAGGGAGCUGAUGACCUUGUUCCACACCGCCUGCGACGUCAGCUCAGAGGACGAGGAAGACGGCCUGAGCACCAGCAACACGGAUCCCGUCCUCUCCGAGGAAGAGCAGGAGGAGACAGGUUUUUAGGAAGCAGCCGGGAGAAUUUCUGGACUCCGGGCAGCCCUUUUUUCCCGUUCGACUCUGGCGUGCUUUGCGUCACACUGAAGCUGCCUUCAGAGACUCCUCCUCCCCCCCGGGCUCUGUAUGAGAUGGGAAAGAGUGGCCCUAUCCUGCUCGGUGCUGGGAAUCAACACAGGUUGCGCUCCAGGCUCAGAUAAUAGGAGAUGUAAAUAUUUUUAAUGGUAGAGAAAGGUGGAUGUUUUCUCUACGGCCUUUUCCAGAUGAAUAUUUAUUGUGCCGUUGUAUUUUAAGAAAUAAAACCCAUCUUCUUGCGGGAGAGCCGCAGGCCUCUCUUA